AUGUCGGUGUUGAACGACAGGAUAUUUUUUUUUCAUCACAUUUUCCCCUUCCAUACCCCCCAAGACCGACUUGCCACGCACUUCAUCGGUAAUGGCGCCACCGCUCGGGAUUCCUCCACGGAGGCAAUGGAGAAAUUCAACCACGGCCAGCUCUACGACUGCGCCAUCGACUGCUGUGGCGUGGCAAGUGCGAUUAGCUGCGCGAUCCACAGCACAAAACCGGGAAAAAGGGUGGUUUUGGUCGGGAUGGGCGGGAACAUGUCGAACAUACCCUUGAUCGACGCAAGUAUCCGGGAGGUGGAUCUGGUGGGCGUUUUCCGGUACCGCUACACCUACGCGACGUGCAUUCAAAUGCUCGCGGAGAAAAAAAUCGACGUGUCAAAGCUGAUCACGCACAAGUUUCCGUUCAGUCAGGAGGGCGUGGAAAACGCGAUGGAGCAUUGUAGGACGGGGAAGGACGGGUGUGUGAAGGCGAUGUUGGAGUUGUGACUUGUGUUUGAAUGAAUACUAAAUAGAUACUUCUUCGUGCUUCAGGAGAAGAUCACAUUUAUUGAUGAGCAUGCACCAAACAAAUCAUGUACUACGUGCAAUAGACAAUGACAUAUCACAUCAAUGUUGUGAAGCGCAUGCGGUAGAGUAGAAGAAAACAAAAAAACCGAAUGUUGCCUGCUGCGCUUCUACUGCUGGAAGCUUUGGCAGUAAGGACGAUAGCCAUGGAGCCGACCACCGCGUGUAGCCAUCUGGAGCUGUCUGUAACUCUAGCAUUUCAACAUCAACAAGAAAGGCACUAUCGGUCAUCUUUUUUUCGUGCAAAGCGAGUUGUCCUGACAUAAAAACGAAAACCUCGUCCUGACAAAUUAUUUAAUACAUCGUAAAUUAUAGUGCACAAGAAGAACAACAAGAAGGCAGCAGCUGGUGCCAUGUCAUCGUUAAGAGAAGAAAAGAGUGUCAGUCGGUACUUUUUUCUCGUGGACGGAAGAGCAAAGAAAUUCGUGCUAGGGUACAAAAACAACUCGACUUUUCCAAAUCGGUUGAAGCAAGAAGUGUGCAGUACCACAUAAAAAUAGCGAGACAGCGUUAGUUUCGUCACAGAAAAAUCGAAACCUCGACUAC